GCUUCUUCAACUUGGUAUACUGUGCUUGAACCAUUCCAUUAGACCCCAUGCACGCUGCACAGGCACAUAUGGAUGCGGUAGGCAAAAGCCUCUCUUGAAAAAAUCUCUGUACACGAGUUGUGUAAAGUUGGAAAGUCUCGGUCUUUCUAAUAAGAACGUAUGCCUAUCUCUCAUAGACUACGCCUAAUUGGGACACCUUACUAUUGGAAUUAACUUAGCCUUUAUAGGCCUACCGUCGAAACAUGUAAACGGAAAACAAACUUGUUAAACUUUGGAAAAACGGGGAAUGAUAAACAAAUGAAAAGGAACAGAUCAGGAGCCAAUAAGUCUCUCACCUCACUGAUCUCUGGUGCUGGAAGCAGUGUUUUUGCGCUCAGGGUGAAACGCUUUAGUGGCCAGUUAACCCAUGAAUGAUGGAGAACCAACGAGACCAAGACGUGUGGGCGAUGAUGAACGAUUCAUGGACCAACUCGAGUCGCGGUGGAAACGAGACAGGUAUCAGGAACCAGACCGGCGUGAACCCCCUGAAGCGGAACGAGGAUGUGGCCAAAGUGGAGGUGACCGUUCUUGUCCUCGUCCUGCUGCUCGCGUUGGCCGGUAACCUUUGCGUCCUCUUGGCUAUACAUACGAGCAAGCACAGCCACUCUCGAAUGUACUACUUCAUGAAACACCUCAGUAUUGCGGACCUGGUGGUGGCAAUCUUCCAGGUCCUCCCGCAGCUCAUAUGGGACAUUACAUUUCGAUUCUACGGGUCUGAUUUACUGUGCAGGCUGGUGAAGUACCUACAGGUUGUCGGGAUGUUCGCGUCCACUUACAUGCUUGUUCUAAUGUCCAUAGACAGAUGCUUGGCGAUAUGUCAGCCCCUCCGCUCUCUGCACAAGAGGAAGGACCGUUUUUAUGUGAUUGCUUCCUGGAUGCUUAGUCUGGUUUUCAGUACCCCUCAAGUGUACAUAUUUUCCUUGAGGGAGGUGGGCAACGGAGUUUAUGACUGUUGGGGAGACUUCGUAGAACCCUGGGGCGCCAAGGCGUACAUUACGUGGAUUAGUCUUACAAUCUACAUAAUUCCAGUGGCUAUUCUAAGUAUUUGCUAUGGCCUGAUAAGUUUUAAAAUAUGGCAAAACUUUAAAAUGAAAACCAGACGGGAUCAGUGUAUGUCUCUGACACCGCGGACGUCCAAAGGUGCAACGCUCUCUCGGGUGAGCAGCGUAAGGCUCAUAUCAAAAGCGAAGAUCCGAACUGUCAAAAUGACUUUUGUCAUUGUCGUAGCUUAUAUUGUUUGUUGGACUCCUUUUUUCUUCGUACAAAUGUGGUCGGCAUGGGACCCUGCUGCGCCCAGAGAAGACAUGGCGUUCAUCAUUGCCAUGCUGCUGGCCAGUCUGAACAGCUGUUGUAACCCGUGGAUCUAUAUGUUCUUCGCUGGCCACCUGUUCCAUGACCUGAUGAGGUGCUUCAUCUGCUGCUCCUCACAGUACCUGAAGGCCUCACAGUGCGGAGGGUGUGACCGCCAGCAGAGCCGCAGGAGCAUCUCCACCUCCACCUUCGUCAUCAAGAACCAUAGUAGUCAGAGGAGCAUCACUCAGACCACCAGCACAUGAGGAGUGAGGACCAUGGAGGAGAUGAGUUUUGGGUGGGACAGGAACUCACUACUCCCGUAAGCCCUUCUUCAUAUCAGUCAGAGAGGGGGUUGCAUGGUGAAGACUUAGAUCUUCACCAUGCAAUGCUUAUCGAUGGGGUGGGCCAGAUACCAGCAAGAGGUGCAGCACACAGAUCUCCAGCACAUGAAGACCAUGGAGAGAGGUUAAGUUGCGUACACUAAACCUGAAAGACCUUCAUCCGAGGCUUGGUGUGGGCCAGGUACCCCUGUAAGACCAGGGCCUCAUUUCCCAGAGCCUUUGUAGCGUUAAGAUCAUCGUUAGAACGAUCUUACGAUGUAUCUUUAGUAGCCAAGCUGUUUCUCAAAACCAUCAUUACUAAAAUUGCACUUGAAAACCCUCAUUAGUUACCGAAUGCCUCUGACCACUCGUAGAACAGCUAAGUGCAUCGUUAGUGUGCAUUGCCCUUUUAUUCACAGAAUAUCUUAGCCUAAACAUCUUGAUUCUAUAUUUAGCUAUCUGUCUGACUGUGACCGCCGAUACCUUCUGAACGAAGUUCAAUACAAAUAUGAAGUUGCCCAAGUAUUUGCCAUUGUUAUAAGUGGAGGAUAAAACUAUGCUUCAAAUUAAAACUGAGAUGACUUCAUUAAAAGAUAAAUAUGCUACAUGGGCCUAUACAUUGCCUUCAGAAAAUGUUCACACCCCUUGACUUUUUCCACAUUUUGUUGUGCUACAGCCAGAUUUGAAAUAUCCCAUAAUAUCAAAGUGGAAUUGUGCUUUUAUAAAAAUGCAUAAAAAAUUAAAAGCUAAAAUGUCUUGAGUCAAUAAGUAUUCAACCACUUUGUUAUGGCAAGUCUAAAUAAGUUCAGGAGUGAAAAUGUGCUUAAUAAGUCACAUAAUAAGUUGCAUCGAGUCACUUUGUGUGCAAUUAUCUGUAAGGUCCCUAAGUCGAGCAGUGAAUUUCAAACACAGAUUUAACCACAGAGACCAUGGGGUUUUCCAAUUCCUCGCAAAGAAGGACACCUAUUGGUAGAUGGGUAAAAAAAAUUAAAAGCAGACAUUGAAUUUCCCUUUGAGUAUGAUGAAGUUAUUAAUUAUACUUUGGAUAGUGAAUCAAUACACCCAGUCACUACAAAGAUACAGGUGUACUUCAUAACUCAGUUGCAGAAGAGGAAGGAAACCGCUUAGGGAUUUCACCAUGAGGCCAGUGGUGAUUUUAAAACAGUUACAGAGUUUAAUGGCUGUGAUAAGAGAAAACUUAAGAUGGCUCAACCACAUUGUAGUUACUCCACAAUACUAACUUAAAUGACAGUGAAAGAAGGAAGCCUGUACAGAAUAAAAAUAUUCCAAAACAUGUGUCCUGUUUGCUAUAUGGCACUAAAAGUAAAACUGCUAAAACUUUGGCAAAGAAAUGAACUCUAUGUCCUGAAUACAAAGUGUUAUGUUUGGUGCAAAUCCAACACCUCACUUAGUACCACUUUUCAUAUUUCAAACAUGGUGGUUCUGCAUCAUAUUAUGGGUAGUGCAUGCUUGCUAUCGUCGGUUAUAACCUUUACUCUGUGUUUUAGUCUCACAAACCUCUCCAGCAUGUUACUGAAAUCCCUCUAAAAUGAACAUUUUCUGAGGAAGAGAUGUAUUUUGCCCAUAAAUUGUUGCCCAUAGUUCAAGUUAUGGUAUGUCUUUGUAGCACACAUAUUCAUUCCUGUUUAAUUUUAGUUUUCCAUAUACUGUACAGCUGAUGAUCAGACUGUCAGUCAAUGUGUACCAUAAAUCAAAUGAUUUAUUCUCUAACUGUAUGGCUUUUCAAGGAAAAUAUUAAAAGAGACUGUUUCCACGCCAACCUUUCCCCUCCUCCUCUUCUUCAGCAAAAAUGUUAUAUUGAAUUCUUAUUAUAUACACUUGAUGUAAGAUUUGUUUCUACACAGAGCUCUAUGACUCUCUCUGUAUUUCUCAGGUCUAAGUAGAGAGAAACUCAGCAGAGCUUAUUCACACACCAAGCUGACCUUUCAGUCACCACAAUAACAACAUGGGAAAUAGAAUGAAGUUUCACAAUGAAACCUGUUCUCUUGGUGACCUUACUGCUCAGCCAGGGAUAUUGCAUUGCUAUUGAUCUCUACACAGAGAGAUGUUAGAUUAGAUUGCCUAUAUCUUCAAACCAUGGAGGGGAUAUUAAAGACACUUUAUUGUUAUUUAUCUAAGGUUGUGUGUCCCAAAUUGUACCUUUUUCCCUACACACUGCACUACUUUUGACCUGGGCAUAUAGGGUUCUGGUAGAAAAAAAUUGUGUACUAUAAAGGAAUAGGGUUCAAUUUCUGACGCAAUGUAAGCUAUACUGUAGCUUUGUAAAAUAAGAAAACGUGCAUAUGCUUUUAAAUGUGCUCCAACACAUGUAUAUUUUUUCUUUAUUGUUGUGUGGGUGAUUACAGUAGAUCAACGCAGGUGUUAUUUUGUGUAUAUAUGUAUCUGCUCAUUCACCUUUCGGAUUCACCUUACAGCAGGGGUCGCCAACCUUUUCUAGCAUGAGAGCUACUUUAUUUAUUUUUUAAAUGAAGCUUCGCGAGCUACAAUUUAAUUUCAUAGCUUUCAAAUAGGCUAUUCUUUUUUCUCCUCUACCUCGGUGUACAAGAGAUGUGUUUUUUUGUCAACAUACCUUAUAAAAUAAUGGUUAAUAAACAACUCUAAUGGGGCCCGAUAAAAUUGAGAAAAUUAUGUGUAAGACUGCCUGAAAUUUCAGACUAUUUUGACCUUCCAUGGUGACAUAAGCAUGCAGUCAAUUAGUUAAUAGACCAAUAAGAAAGAGAGUUCCAAACCUUUCUGCCAAUAACAGCAAAUGUUCAGUUUCCCCCUCCCCACUCAGACCACUCCCAUACAGUCCUAGUUAAAUUAUUGCUUGAGAAAUUGAUCUUUGCUAAGAAGCAAUUUUUUUGUCUUUUUGAAUAUUUAAUUCGGAAACAAUCACAGUAAGGUACUUAAUUGUUACUCAGAGAUGAUUUGAUAUUGAGAUAGAAAUGGCUACAUUGGACCUUUAAUUAGGAGAGGAAUGUGGUGGUCUAGUGCUUUUUCUCCUGUUAAGCGCACUGCUGCACCACAUGUUAUGGCAGAGUUUGUAAAACAAUGGCCACCCAAUUGAUACAAAUUGUCAUAACAUCUUUAUAUCAGGUAAGCCAGCCUGGUCUUAUAGACUAGAGGUAACAUAGUAAAUGUAAAUCCGGGACACUCAAAUUAGUAUGAUACUUACUGUAUGUUAUGUUUGGUAUGGUUUCAUAAGACAGAUGGUUACUUAACCCUUUAACCUAACUCAUAAACUUAACCCUAACCCCUAACCCCUAGCCUAGCUAAUGUUAGCAAGCUAGCUAACGAUAGCCACCUCGCCACCUAGCUAGAAUUCGUAACAUAUCAUAUGUUUUGCAAAUUAGUAACAUAUAAUACAAAUUGUAAUUCGUUACAUAUAAUACAAAUGAAUACAUAUCAUACGAAACACAACAUAUCAUACUAAAUGGAGUGUCCCGGAUUUAAGUACAGAAUAAUACAAAAUGCUCUGAGACCAGGUUGCAGCGGUAAGCCUACUUUGCAGCGGUAAGCCUACUUUGCAGCGGUAAGCCUACUUUGCAGCGGUAAGCCUACUUUGCAGCGGUAAGCCUACUUUGCAGCGGUAAGCCUACUUUGCAGCGGUAAGCCUACUUUGCAGCUACCUACCCACAAGAUUGUUAUCAUUAGCAUCGAUAACUGGCUACAUACAGGAUGAUAGACAAAUGCAUGCACCAAACGGACAGACGGGAAAUAUUGCUGGAAAAUAAGUGGUAGAUAUUGUUUUACCGUUGGCUUUUCAAGCAAUAGAGGCUAACCAGUAGUGGGAUAAUGUCAAUUUGGCUUUGAUUGGAUAGUAGCUUUAUGUUUAUGACAGUUUGUGCUGGAACACAUAAAAAAAAUGCAUGUACUUUCAGAAUUGCUUGGCGAGCUACUCAUAGGUGGGCUGUGAGCUAAUUGGUAGCUAGCGAUCUACCUGUUGGAGACCCCUGCCGUACAGUGUUUACAAUAUAUUCAGGAAGUAAAGAUUCCCUUUAUAUCAAUUAUUUAUUUGAAUGUAAAUAGAAUAAAUGUAUCACUAACGUAUGAGAAAAAAGAAAGAAUUUGUGUGUGCUUAAUUUUCUCUUCUUCUUAAUGCAUAGAUAGGAGAGCUUGGUCCAUCCACACUAAAUAAAUUAAUAAGUAGUCAGAUUGUUGUCAGUAUGAAUGAAUGAAUGAAUGAAUGAAUGAAUAAAUAAGGUGUCAUGUUUGUUAAGGUCUUGUUUUCUCAAGUCCUCUCAAUGUCUAUGAUUCAGAUCAAGUUACUCCCUGACAGAUAGCAUUGAACAACACGCAAAGGCUGGAAAACGUACCAUGUAGUUCUACCUAGUGGCCAAAAAGGUUUAUGUCUUUAAAAAAAGUGUGGAUUUACUCUGAAGCUGGGUAGUGUUCUUUAGGGCACGCAAAGCAAAAUGUUUUGCAAUGAAAAACUAAAAUGAGUGUUUCUUAUUGGACAAGUCCAGGUAGUCACUCCGUGUUUCAGUCUUUUUUCCCCAUUUGAUGCCUAAUAAACAUGACCCUGGGGUCGGUUAUAACCUUUACUUUGUCUUUACAGGUCCAUGUUUGGAGUGUACUAUGGAGUGAUAACACUUUGUCUCCACUUGGUCAUUGUGUAAAUAUUGUGUAUAUAUAUAUAUAUUGUGCCCAUCUCAUUCAUAUAAAAUACACAAGUUGUUUUUGAAAUAUGUCACUGUAAUUAUAUCUACUGCCACCACUUGUCAUGCGCAUAUUGGUCAUACGGGCGUGUAUUCCAACAAUUUCCAGUGUAAUCUCAUUUUUUUUUACUGUGUAGGCUUUAACUUGAACAGAUUUGUAUGUAUAUAACCUGUUAGGACCAUAUGUACCUCUGUGAUUAUGCGCAAAUGUGAAUUGAAUUGUUUCCACACCCACCAUGCGUCAUGUGCGUAAUGGUCAUGUGAGGUGAAAUGUUUAUAUUUUAGUAUGUGAGCACUCAGUCUGUUAAACGUUUGUCAAUAAAGUGGUGGAUUGGGAGCAAAAA